AUAUAUCGUGCAGCUCCUUGUAUAUUGGCAGUUCAGUGCAUAACUCAAAGAAUCUCGAUUUAAAUUGUGGACGCAUUAUAUUUUAAAAACAAUGGAAGGUCAAACGGAGGAAUCGACUCCCAGAGCGGAAGCUCAAGCGAGUGCCGACAAUAUUUUAAAAAGAGGAAAGACUUUUAACGACCCUAUUCAUGGGCAAGUGGAGUUACAUCCUGUGUGUAUCUGUAUUAUAGACACGCCUCAGUUCCAGCGAUUGAGACACAUCAAACAACUUGACACCUGUUACCUGGUGUACCCAGGUGCCAGUCAUAACAGGUUCGAGCACUCUAUAGGAGUAUGCUACCUAGCAGGGAAGUUAUUAAAAACAAUACGAGAUAGACAACUUAACGUUGACAUAUCUGAUGAAGACAUUCUGUGUGUCGAGAUAGCUGGACUCUGUCACGAUUUAGGUCAAGGACCCUUUUCUCACGUUUUUGAAAAGAGAUUCAUGCCAAAAAUGAAAAAGGAGUUUACGCAUGAAAGUAUUGCUCGGCAGAUGUUUGAUUACAUGCUAAAAAGCGAAAACGAAAAGUUGAAAAAUGAUAUAAAAAGAAGAGUUGAAGAAUGCGGGCUUCGUCGUUUCGAAGAACAAGACUUUACCUUUAUCCUUGAAAUGAUUGAUGAUCCAAAAGACAUUGAAAACGACGAAUGGCCAUACAAAGGUAGAACAGAAGACAAAAGUUACAUGUAUGAGAUAGUUGCAAAUAAAAGAAACGGUAUCGACGUUGACAAAUGGGACUAUCUUGCUCGUGACAGUUACAUGCUGGGAAUGAAAGUCAAUAUCGAUUACAACAGGUGUUUUAAAAGUGCAAGAGUUAUCAAAUGCAACGGGAUUAACGGCAGGCAAGAUGCAAACGCCGGCUUAAAUACCGGUAAUAGUCAAGUGAAACGGAAUCAAAUAUGCUACAGAGAUAAAGUGAGUAACUGUCAUAAACAUUUAUCUUCAAAAUGUAAACAAUAUUUUCUCAAUGUUUGUAUAUUUCAUUAAUUAUUCAAUUUUUAUCAUUUGAGGUAAAUGGCUGAUAUAAUAAGUAAUCAAUAUGUUUUUCCUGUUAUAUGGCUAGCUAUAUAGGGUUUAUAAAGCCGAAGCCUGUAUAAAUGUGAUCUAAAGCAAAAGGAAAUUUCUCGGCCGUAUAAUCUGUCAGAAGUUAUAUAACGAAUUUUAAUACAGCACAAUGACUAAUAAUGCUAUUUUAUCAUGAGCAAAUAUAUUCCAUUGUAUACGUUUAAAAUGAUUUUUGUCAAAUAAAGAUCAAAGCGAUUGUAUGGAUUGGCAUCUCAUUGUCAAUAAAUAUAAA